AUGCCGAGCGCAUCGUUCAGCUCGACUCGUUCUUAUACGCGGAGGACGAGGAGAAAAGGCUCCAACCGUCUACCCAUACCGUCUAGGACGUCGAAUUCCGGUGGAGUUGUUGAAGCUGGAGUAACAUGUGAACCUUUAGUUGCUGCAAGUGGUAGCUAUGCAACUCCAGGAGGCGCUAGUACCAGUACUAGUAGUUUCCAACAUGUGCCACCUUAUGAUUUACGUGGUCGAAAAUCACCUUUACACUUACAUGAUGCUAGUACAGCUGGAUUUAAUGCUACAGCACCAGUUCACCCAACUGCUACUCGUCCUACAUCACCUACAGCAUCAGCUACUGCAUCGGUAUUGCAGUCAGCUGCUACACCACCUUUAUCUCAGCCUGCUCGUAAACGGCUCAGGCGAAAUACUUCUUGUACAAUUACUAGCUCUGACAAUUCAAACUCGGCUGCCCAUUAUUUACAAUGUGAACUGCCAGAUGAGGUCAUGUUGACAAUAUUCAGUUACUUAUAUGAACAAGAUCUAUGUAGAAUAGCUCAAGUUUGUAAACGAUUUCAAGCAAUAGCUAAUGAUAAUAAUCUAUGGAAAAGAUUGUAUCAAAGUGUAUUUGAGUAUGAUACACCACUAUUUCAUACAGAAAAUAGUCGUUUUGAUUUUAUUCCAUUUGAAGAAAGUGAACACCAUAAUCCAUGGAAAGAAAGUUUUAGGCAACUAAAAAAACGUUGUUUACAUGUACGACCACAUUAUAAUGGUACUGCUAAAGACCCAAUUAGGAGAAUGCCACAUUUUGAAACAAUUCAAGCCGGCUUAGAUCAUGCUGAUGAACAUUUAAAUGGUGGAGCAAAAAUAUUUUUACAUCCUGGUACUUAUCGAGGAGAAUUUUUGGUGAUAGAUUCAGAUAUAACAUUAAUUGGAGCUGCCCCCGGUGUGGUUGCUGAUGCAGUAAUUCUUGAAAGAGAAACUGAAUCAACUGUAAUGUUUGUUGAGGGUGCCAAAAGUGCCUAUUUGGGACAUGUCACAUUAAAAUUUACUCCAAACGUUACUUCAACUGUACCACACCAUAAACAUUUUUGUUUGGAAGUUGGCGAAAAUUGUUCACCUACAAUUGAUCAUUGUAUUAUCAGAAGCUCCUCAGUUGUAGGGGCUGCUGUAUGUGUUAGUGGAGCUGGUGCAAAUCCUAGGAUUCACCAUUGUGAUGUUAGUGACUGUGAAAAUGUUGGUAUAUACGUUACUGAUCAUGCUCAAGGAACAUUUGAAGACAAUGAAAUUUGUAGAAAUGCUUUAGCUGGUGUUUGGGUUAAAAACCAUGCAAAUCCAGUGAUGCGUCGCAACCAUAUACACCAUGGAAGAGAUGUGGGCAUAUUUACAUUUGAUAAUGGAUUGGGAUUUUUUGAAGCUAAUGAUAUUCACAAUAACCGCAUUGCUGGUUUUGAAGUUAAAGCUGGAGCCAAUCCAUCUGUUGUUCAGUGCGAGAUUCAUCAUGGUCAGACAGGUGGAAUCUAUGUUCAUGAAAAUGGCCUUGGCCAGUUUAUUGAUAACAGAAUUCAUAGUAACAAUUUUGCUGGUGUUUGGAUUACUUCGAACAGCAAUCCAACAAUAAGGCGUAAUGAUAUAUACAAUGGACAUCAAGGUGGAGUAUAUAUAUUUGGUGAAGGCAGAGGACUGAUUGAACAUAACAAUAUAUAUGGAAAUGCAUUAGCUGGUAUUCAAAUUCGUACAAACAGCGACCCAAUUGUUAGGCAUAACAAAAUACAUCAUGGUCAGCAUGGUGGAAUAUAUGUACAUGAGAAGGGUGCAGGGCUUGUUGAAGAAAAUGAAGUAUAUGCAAACACAUUGGCUGGUGUUUGGAUCACUACUGGUAGUACUCCAGUUUUGCGCCGUAACCGAAUACAUUCUGGUAAACAAGUGGGCGUAUAUUUCUAUGAUAAUGGACAUGGAAAACUUGAAGACAAUGACAUUUUUAACCACUUAUAUUCUGGUGUUCAAAUAAGAACUGGUAGUAAUCCAAUCAUUAAAGGUAAUAAAAUCUGGGGAGGUCAAAAUGGUGGAGUUUUAGUGUACAAUGGUGGAUUAGGAGUUUUGGAACAAAAUGAAAUAUUUGAUAAUGCGAUGGCUGGUGUUUGGAUAAAAACAGAUUCUAACCCAACACUUAAACGGAAUAAGAUCUAUGAUGGUAGAGAUGGUGGAAUUUGUAUAUUCAAUGGUGGGAAAGGUAAUUUAGAAGAAAAUGAAAUAUUUAGAAACGCUCAAGCUGGUGUUUUAAUUUCGACUCAAAGUCAUCCUACAUUAAGGCGCAAUAGAAUUUUUGAUGGCUUAGCUGCUGGUGUUGAAAUUACUAACAACGCAACAGCCACCUUAGAUAGUAAUCAAAUAUUUAAUAACCGUUUUGGUGGGCUUUGCUUAGCCAGCGGUGUACAACCUAUUGUUAGAUGUAAUAAAAUUUUUAGUAAUCAAGAUGCUGUAGAAAAAGCUGUAGCUAAUGGUCAAUGUUUGUAUAAAAUAUCCUCAUACACUUCAUUUCCCAUGCAUGAUUUUUACCGUUGUCAGACAUGCAACACGACUGAUAGAAAUGCAAUUUGUGUAAAUUGUAUAAAAACAUGCCAUGCUGGACAUGAUGUUGAAUUCAUAAGGCAUGAUAGAUUCUUUUGUGAUUGUGGAGCUGGCACAUUAAAUAACCAAUGUCAGUUACAAGGCGAACCAACACAGGACACAGAUACAUUGUAUGACUCAGCAGCACCUAUUGAAUCACACACUUUAAUGGUGAAUUAA